AUGGGGAUGGAUCCUAUGUCCCCGCUUGCUCCUGCACGGAUCAACACUCUCCUCAUUCCUGCUGGCAGAAUCAAGCGCACAAGAUUCGCAAAUUUCGUGUCAAGGCUCGACCAUGAAAAUGUGGUCCGUCUAGGGGACGUAAGCCCAGAUGGGCAAUCAAAGAGGAGCAUGUCAACCUAUACAUUCUCGCCUCUGGCAUUUCCUGAGGGUCGAAUCAUCUACAAUUUCUCUCUCUCGGAAAGCCCCGCCUUGAGCAUUGAUUGUUUUCCAUUCGAGCUGAAUCGGGAAGCUCAGGUCAUUUUGUACCUGGCAGAUGGCUCGGAGGUGGUGACUUCAGAAAGUCAAACUCAACUAGCGCAGGAGGGAAACAUUGAAAGAAGCCCCGGGGAAACUCAUGAUGUGUUGCCCCUUGCUUCAAUGUUUGCUUCGCUGGAAGAUGAAGUGCGAGCAAAUCGACAUCAGUAUCGACGUGCGAUCCUUCAUCAGCUCUUAGUCUUUGAAUCCACCCUCGCUCCAGAGGCCCUGCCAGCACCCACAGAUGUUAUACUCGUGCCUGCUCCACAAAAUUCGCGUACUACUACCAUCAAAACCGUGAUGUGUGACAUCAGCGGCCGCCUUCUGCGCUCGAUGGACAAUCUCGCUAGCGAAAUACAAGCUCUCUCAACAAUAGAAUCACCAUCCCUCGUCCCUGGCUCCGCAUACAGGGCAACUGAUCUUGCCGCCCGAGUUCAUGCGCGAAUGUCAAUGCCUGCACAGCCGAUUCAAGGCCCCUUGGAUCCGGUAGGUUCAAGAAUUUCUGCUACCACUGGCAGUAAAAGUCGAAGCACCACACCCGCGGGUGCGAGAAGCGCAAGCAGGCAUUCCGUUGGAAGCCCGAGCCGCAGUGAUCGCUUCUCUGAAGUCUCCUCUGCUUUGGGCUCCAGGGAUGCGAGCCAAGACAGGAAUUCUAUGGUGCCCUCGACAGUAACGAACCCCAGAGAGCGGAAGAAAAAUUGUUCAGUUGGUCGAAGUCGUAUUGUUGUCGGAGCUCUACUCCUUCAAGCGGGACUCUGGCCUGAUGCAGUGAAGGAAUUGUCAGAGGGCACUGCGACUGCGCGAGGCAACAAUGAUUAUGUGUGGCAUGCAAAGGGUCUUGAGUAUAUUAUCACAUGCUUGCUGAUGUUUGGGUGGGCAAAAAUGUAUUUUCAGAUACCACACAUCUGCUACCCCAUCGCGGAGAAACCUACCAUUCCCAAGUCGUCUUCGGUGACGCCUAACCCCAAAAAUGCAGAGCUUACGCCAUACGGCAGAAGCUCAUCAGAUAGUCGAACUGUCUCAUUGCACUAUUUGACCAAGCUCUUACCAGACCUGCUAAGUUCAGUGAAUACCCUUUACGCACGAGCGUCGAACUUCACCGAAGAAGCGUUGCCACAGUUGCUUAUGUCAGAGAGCGUUCUUCGGUGUGGAUACUUGCUCUCCGCCAUGUACCUUCGAAACAUGGUCAUUGACGACAACAUGCUGCAAGCUUUGCUGUCGUCAGAGAAUAUUCCUCGAGCCGAUCCUAUCCCUCGAUCCGCGGAUACCAUUACUUUGAAAAAGAGCGACAUUGCCACCAUGCUUCUACAUGCUAUACCAGCUAUUCCCGGAGCUGUUCCUUUCAAUGAGCUCCUUCAGAUACUAAUUGGCCUUGCCUCUAUUCUUUCAAUGGUUGGUAUGGAGAGAAAGCAAGCUUUCAUCCUGAAGGAGCUUCUACAAAGAAUCACUCCUACUCUCAUCGAAGCAAGAAAAGUUGGUGCUGCGGAAAUGGGCAUACAUCCAGCCGCCGGGUUGUUGGCCUUAAGCAAUACUUCGCAUUCCGGCUUCCUCCGCGUUGAAGAUGGGAUGAAAUCCCUCUUGACGUUGGUAGGCGAGAUGUAUGGCGCGCUCGAUCAUAAUGAGGAUAUGGGGUCUCUCAUCAACUCUCAAGACAGCACCAAAUCCAGCCUAGCUAGUUCCAGGCGCGCCAAAUUGCAUGCAUAUGGAAAUUUUGAUCUGAAAGUUGACAUACUUAAAUCCUGCAUUGCGAUCUGCGAAGUGCUCCCAGAUUUUGAAGGCGUUCUGAAAUACACAGUCGAUCUUCUGCAGCUAUCCCGACGGACCACCACUUUGCCAUUUCGCCAUCCUACGGGUACACCUGCCAUAUCACAAGAAGAGCAGAUAAAGCUAAUGGACAGCAUCAAGCGGACGGUCGGAGCUGCAGCCAAAGUCGGCUUAAAGAGCGUACAAGCCAAUUACUGGGACGAUUUUAUGGUACGGGGCAUCGAGGCCAUGAGCCCGCCAGCUACUUUCAGGGUCGCUCCACACUCGAAGAAUGACCUUCAGUCGGUGAGCGAGUCUAAGCAAACCACAGAGAAAGAUCCAUUCAUCUACAAUCCAUUUUCUAAGCCCACAUCAUCUGCAACUGAUCAACCUCUCGUUGCAGAAGAAUUAGCAUAUUUCAGUGUCUAUCUACAAAACCCAUACGAAGUCGACAUCGAGAUUGAAGAAAUCACUUUAGUCACUGAAGGUUGCAGGUUUCAACCAUUAACACACAGUAUUGUUUUGGGCCACUUCUGUUGUCAAAAAUUCACGAUGGCGGGCACUCCCCGAACAAGCGGCACUCUCAAAAUAAUUGGCUGCAGAGCGAAGAUACGAGAUUGCAAAGAACGCGAUUUCCUCAUAUAUACCGCGGAUUGGAGUCCCAGAACGGAAAGCAAGAUCAAGAAGAUUGGCUCUGCUCCGAGAGACUCAGUACGAAGGGGACCACCAUCUGCUGUUGGUGAAGCGGCACCAAAAGAGGCCGAGGGGUCGAACACAGGACCACAGAGCGACACGAUAUCGUUGACUGUGAUCAGCCCGCAGCCAGUAAUCUCAAUACAAUCCACAACCUUAUCGCAACCAGCUCUUAUGGUCUUGGAAGGGGAGAAAAAAUGUUUUAACAUUGUUUUGCGGAACGACUCGAGCACAACUGCGGUAGACAUGCUGUUAUUCACGUUUGAGGACUCGGCAACGAUACAGCUGCGCACAGCGGUGAUGAACAAAGAACUAUCUCCAAGUGAGGCUUAUGAGCAUCAAUUGCAGCUUGCAGGGAGUCAUCCAUUCAAAUACAUUCCCAGUGACGAGAAAGAGGGGCCUGUUCUUCCAGCUGGCGGAAGUGCAGACUUCAUCAUCGAAGUUCUUGGGAUACCAGGAUUACUGAAUGGGAUUGUUCAAAUAGACUAUGGUCACCUCGAUAUAAGCUCGUCAGAUGUGACAGACAAGUUUUACACCAGGCAACUUUCGUUCCCUGUGGCCGUUACCGUAAAUGCCGGUAUUGAGGUGCCUCGCUGUAACAUGCUGCCUUUCAGUAGUGACUUCGCGUGGUGGAACAAGCAGCAAGCCUGUGCAUCCUCCCCACAGGCACUCGAUCCGCCUGGUGUUUUGACGAAUGAGUUGAGGUCGCGUUCAAUAUCAUAUCCACCACUACAGACGGAUGGCGGUCAGUUCACAUCAUUACUGGCGCGACUGGGGCUUGGCUCACAUGGCGACGACCACUGCCUGUUACUCCUCGAUCUACGGAAUGUCUGGCCAUUUCCGCUAUCAGUAUCUGUGCAAGUUCGUCAAAACAAAAACGCUUCAUCGUCGCCCACGGAUCCGUGGCGCCGUGCCUACACGGUCCACGAGUCGGUACAACCGGGCCAUAUCUCAAGAGCGAUUUUACCGAUACCCAGGGUCUACGUCUCAGAUCCCCACAAAGCUAUACCGCUGAUUGGCAACCAGCGACAGUUUGUCGUUAGUGCAUCAAAGCUGUCUGUGGAAGCAGAACAAGCUAAUCGAGAAGCCUUUUGGUAUCGCGAAGAGGUUCUGAAACAUGUAAGAGGCACCUGGCGUGAAGACAGUACCGGGAGAGAGGGGAGCAUAGAUCUUAGACGAGGUAUUCGGCUCAAUACUAAAAUGAUAGAUGUACUGAAGAUUGAAGACAUUGAGCUAAGUCUAUCAAUUCGCCCAUCCAGGCCGCCAGAUGCUCAGCCCUCUCCCGUCUUACAACGAGGCGGUUCACGCUUCUGUCUCCAAGUCAACUCGUUCACCACGCUCACUAUCAAGCCCUCGUUGCGUGAUCAGCCACACAACAUUGCGCUGGAUCUGUCUAAGCGUUUUGCCUGGACUGGAAUGUUGCAAAGAGUUCUCCAUCCGCCUCUUACGGCCAAUGAAGUUCGUGAGGCGAGCCUUGAAAUCAUGGCGCUCUGCGCUGGUGACUACGAGAUAGCAGCCACCAUUGAGGAAUUGAAGGCACCAGGCCAGAAUUCGUCCGGCAAGAAGAUGGGUAUUUGCAGCCAAUCAAACGAUCGAAGAAUAUGGCACGCAAGGGAACCAUGUUCGAUUGAUGCAAAGCACGAGAUCGACGACCUUGAAAAAGACGUCUCUAUUCAUCUCUACCGCGGCAUCUUUACCAAGGCCGAGCCCAAGUACAAGCGUGCGAUGCUCCUCUGGAUUCUUCUUGGUGAUAGCAUCAGCUAUCUGUGA